AUGCGUACCACUACAGAUGAGGAAAUAUUCCAGGAGAUACCUUUGCAAGUCCGCAGGGCCCUUAUUCCCGGCAACGAUAUAUUAUCCACCCGAAGUUUCACACCAACCAGUCUCACUUGCCUUAUUGUACAACCAUCAGUCGUCCACCCUAUCAGCAGUUUCCUGGUGAAGAUGGAAUUGAGCGGUAUAUUUGACAAGGACAACGAAACACAUGUGCGAUGGUGCCUGCGAAGGUUGAUGUGGCGGAUUGAAGAGCAUCAGACGAUCGUGUCGUUCGCGUGCAAGAAGCACGCCGGCAAACUUCAUGCCGGCUGCAAAGACGUCCUGCAUCAGGAGACGCGCACUGUUGGCCAUAGUGAAGAAAGGUGCAGAUGGAAAUCUGAUUCAAAUAUCGCCGCCGGCGAGAUCAGCAUUCAGUUCGAGGCCAGCAUCAAUUUGGUUACCGAUCCGCUUUGCGAUUUCAAGCCCAUAAUGGUCUAG